ACACACACGCACGCACCGGUCACCACCACCACCACCACCACCACCUGCCGCCACCACCACACACAGCGACCGCAUACCUACACCCCAGUCAAUCCCGCCGUCCUCUGUCCUCCCCGUCUCGCUGCUGGCUGGCCCGCCUCUCCCCUUCCAACCCCCCCCUUUUAGCGACCGAAAUGGGCUACCCAGCGGUUGGUGCUUUGCGCCACAUAUGACGCUUUCGUCUCCCCGCCGAGCCAUCGUGUCGCAUUACUCUUCUACCACCUACCCUCGCCCUCUCGUAUCCCAGCUCCAUCCUACCUCUUCCUCUCCCCUCCCUGUCCCUUCGGCUUCGCGGCAGCCGUCGCACGAAUCCCGCUUCGUUCGCCCGCCCGCAAACGCCGCGUUCGUUCCCGAGGACAAACGAGACGAGCAUAAAAAAAAAAAGCACGGGGUCCCCGGAUAUAGCGCCGUCGCCGCCCACACCAGCAGCAGCGUUGGACCCUCGAUCCACGCGCCAAACCCCACCCACGGCCCCGGACCCGUGUGUGUGUACCCACCGCUAUGGUUCUGUUAUCGAGGAGCACCGCACCACCAUGAAUCCCACGGCCCACGGGUCUUUUGGACCCCCAAGACAAAUUCGCUUUGUCAACAACGAGGGCAAUCCUCCGUCCAAGAGACGGAGGAUCAAUGCGGCGUGUCUGACGUGCCGCCGUCGAAAAACCCGCUGCAGUGGGGAGCCUGGCGUCUGCUCAACAUGCUCCAAAAAUGGCCACGAGUGUUUGGGGUACAACGAGGCCAUCGACAGGAAGAAGGUGAUCCCUGGGGUCCCCAAGAAGCGGACGUCUACCGCAGAUGGGGAUCUGCCCGCCAUCAAGAACGAGGACGACUACCUCGCCGAUGACAAUGACCAAGAAGAGUAUGGUGCUGGGGAUGCUGAAGGAGCGUCCUGGGACGAAUCCGAGAGUAGGUCGUUUGAAAGUGCAGAGCCCAAGACCGAAUCCAAGCGCCACCCGCUGCCCACCCACAGCCAGGCAACGGCCGGCAACCUGAAGCGAUCUCAAAGCGAUGACUGGCAUCAUGGCAUGCCUCCGCCCCAACAGCAGCCUCUCAAUGCAGAGAAAUCACGAGGCUCGCGCACUGUUUCCUUCUUUGAGGAGCGCCACGGCCCCUCGGACGACUCGGCGACACGCCACCGCAACGAGAGCAACAGGAUUCCUUACUUUCGCUACUUUGGUCGUACCGCCAUUGUCCCUGGCUUCAAGCAAAUGCUGGCCAACGUUUCUUACAGAGGCGGGCGGAGAAGAGGAAGCUCGUUCUCGUCCACCUCACCAAGGACCUUGCCCGAGCACCGUUCCUCCUUCACAGCCCUGAACGGGCCCACCGUGUUUGAGAACGGGGACGGCAAGCCCUCAUACGAUCUUGGGGACACUGUACCCGCCUACGAUCCCAGCCAGCCCGAGCCCAUUGACCCUCUGAUCAUGAGCUUGAUCGAGACCUUUUUUACGCACUUGGGUUGCAAUUACCCUUUUCUCCGCCGCGAGAAAAUCAUCCGGAUGGUCAGGGAGAAGAAGGUAGAGUCGAUGCUGGUAGACGUCAUGUGUGCCCUGGCCACCCGCUUCGCCGACUUUCCACUGCGUGCCAACUCGCGAGACCCAAAGGAGCGGGCCGAGUAUGGCAACAUCUUCGCUCAGCGUGCCAAGGCGGCCACCGUGGAUGCCUAUCCCUGCCCAACCGUGGGUGCUGUCCAGGCUUAUCUGCUGUUGGCGUACGAGUGCUUCGGCCAGGACCAGGACAGCGCGCUGUGGAUGUAUCUCGGAAAUGCGAUCCGCAUGGCCGACGACCUCGGUCUCCACAGGAAGGAGGGCGUCAAAUACCAGGGCGAAAAAGAUGCGUGGUACACGCGGACUUGGAACAUCAAGCGCAACGGCGAGGCGUCCGAGGACAAGCACGGCGACGAUGACGACACUCUCAGCCCCGAGGAGCAGAGCGAGGUCGAGCAGGAGCGCAUCGACACCUUCUGGGCCGUCUUUGUGCUCGAUAGAGUCAUAUCCUCGGGCACCGGUAGGCCUGUGCGGUACAAGGACGGCGACUUUGAAAUCCCGCUGCCCGAGCCGGUCAUCGAUCCUGUCUCCAACCUGCCGGACCCUUUCCCCUUUUUCAUCCGCAUAAUUCACCUGUAUGGGCGCGCGUCGGAUGUGCUCAACAACGUUACGGACCCCAGCGACCUGACGAUCAACAACUUCGACAAGGUUAAGAACGACCUGACGGAGCUCUACGAGGAGCAGGACUCGCGGCUGCACUUCAAUGCCGUCAACUUCCAGGAGUACGUCAAGGCCGGCCAGGGGACUACGUUUAUCCUGCUCCAUUUCUGGUUCCAUGCCCUCAUCAUCAUCAUGCACGCGCCCAACGUUGUCUUCUUUGGGCUCACGAGCCCGAUCCAGCUCCUGCCUGACAGCCGGCAGCUGUCCAUGUCGAGUGCCAAGACCAUUGCCGACAUCCUCUCGUUUGCCGAGAUCAUCGACCCCAAGAGCUUCAUUGGCAACCCCUUUACGUCGCAGCCCAUGUACAUCGCCGCCUGUGCGUUCUUGACGCAGUCGACGUCACAAUCCUCUGAGCCUUCCUCGCCCGACGCCAUCUCCCCCGAGACGGGCGAGAGCAGGGGGACCAAGCACUCAUUGCUGGCCCUCGGAGCGAACCAGAACUACCAGAUGGUCAAAAAGUCUCUUCAGCAACUGCAACUAUACUGGGGCGGUGUCAAGUAUAUCUUGACAGCGCUCGACCAAAAGUCCAAGGGAAUCUGGGACUGCGAGACGUACACUCUUGAGGAGUAUGCCAUGACGAGGAUAUCCAGGCGCAACUCACUUGCGCCUCUCCGCCGCUUUGAGAUCCCGGCCUCGCCCAGCGCGGCGCCCAUCGCCUACGCCACUCUCACGGGCACCACCAACUCGCCCAAUUCGAACCUAACACGAUUCUAUCAAAACAGCGCAAACUCAAAUCACACCACUUCGAGUGUUCCUUCUCAGCUGACCCAGUUCUUCGCCGCCCCUCCCUCACACCAUAAUCAUGGUCAGGGAAGCGGCGCCUCCGGGGCUGUGUCUGGCUCUGGGCCGCCGGUUUCGGCCAUGACGCCUCCCGGGAAUAUGAUUUACGACCCAAUCCGCCAAAGCCUCCCUGAACCGCCAAUGUUCCCACAGCCGCUCCCUCGACCAAGCAUCUCGGCUGUGCGCUUCUCUCAGCAUCAGCAGCAGGAGCCGCAGCAGCCGCAGCCCCAUGCCUCCAGGUCCCACCGCCUGUCGGCGUCCUCGGCUGCCAGCAGCACCCAGGGUCGCCGGCAGGACGACAAACCGGUGAUGAAGUUUGAGGCAAUGAAUGGCAUGCUUGAAGACCCUGUGGUUGACAGCUCGCCAGCUCCGCCCAGUAAUAAUAUGGUGACGGAGAGCAAGCUCCAGGUGCUUGCCGGGAUAGCGCACGCUGGACACGGGGAUGCUAAUUACCACCGCCAAGGCACCUCGCAGCAGCCUUCGCACCAGGCGCCACCGCCGUCCUACACGCCAUCCUCACAUUCGUCCACAGCAUACGAGCCUUCGGUAAUACAGACGGGCACGUCGCCCGCCAACUCCCUCGUCGAGGCGGCGACCUCUGGCCACCAGCAGCAGCUGCACCACCAACAGGUUCCGCAGGGCGAGUAUUCGCCGCACUUUACUCAGGCCGUCGGGGGGCUCGUCCCGGGCAACUACUACCCGCAGCACCUGGCGGACCUGGCAUACCAGGAGAUCACCCUGGAGCUGCCCAGCGACAACGAGGUGAUGCCGCACUGGCUCGACUGCAUACCGGCCCACGAGCUGCUUGGGCUCUUUGAGGGGCAGCUCGCAGGCGGGACUGGGUCGCAUAUGGGCUGAUUUAGGUUUGAUGCCUUGCUGGCCCUGACUUGUCCUGACCUGUCUUCUUCUGAGAGGGUAGACUAGAGAGGCUGCCAAGAUACCCCGUCUGUUAGUCUUGGACUUGAUCCUUUCUUUUUAUUGUUGUUUCUUUUGUCUCACUCACCCCUUGUUUCGCAUUUUGGACGGUGAUAUUAGUGCGAUGGAUCAUGGAUGCGAACGAUGAUGACGACCCUCACAAAUGUUUGCUCGAAAUAACUGUUUUAAUUUCUGUUUUCUCUUCCCUAAUCUCAUCCAUCUCUCCACAGACACUUGAUGGCUUGCUCCCUUUGUUUACAUGUUUGUUUCGGACCUUGUUGGUGACUCCUUCGGUUUCGGGUUGGGCGCUGGGAAAGGGAGCUUCCGCAUCGCACGCGAUUGGGAUAGAUGCACUAAACGGUUUAAGCUGCGGAGGCAUUUGGGGGGAUGAGAGGCGAUGCGAGGUAUGGUACAUGGGUCACUGGUGUUUUGUCCUGGCACGCUCGUUUGGGUUCUACUGCUCGGUGGUCAAGGCCGAGUGGCUUGUCCGCUUCCAUGUGGAUAGGAUAGAUAGAACCUUGUAGUCGGCAGGCAUUUUGACGAAAAAGAAUACAUGAGGAUUCAAAACUGGAGGUACAUGCAUGGGUCUGAUCACACGGUCACUCGUAGAUUGAGG